AUGGAGGCGAGCCUAGGCUCUGUUGCGCCAUUGUACUUUGAGCUAGCCGUGGCGGCCGCCGCCCAGUCGCGCACGGCCAGCACCCUGCCCAAGCUCCUCGGCGGAGAGUGCCCCAGCGGAGAAAGCAGCGCAGCCGGCAUUCUGCCUGCGUCGGACUGGACCGUCCGAACCUAUACCAACCUAAUGCGCUGCUGCGAAAAGACGGGUAACCUCGAAAUGGCGCUUGUCGUGCUGUUUACGGCGCGCGAUCUCGGCGUCGCCCUCGACGACGACGCGCUCGUGUCGUUUGCCGCGACGGCCCAUCAAGCCAAAGAACCGCGCCUUGCUCUGGAAGUCGCGCAGGCGGCUGGAAGCCACGCGCCGGCGCUGUGGAUGCGCAUCCUGCGGUCGGUCGCCGAGUACGACUAUGCGCCCGGCCUCGACGAGGCGUGGACCAAGGCGAUGGGCACGCUGGCACCGGACGAGGGCCUCUUUGUACAGGCGCUCCAUGUGGCGGCCCGUGCAUCGAACGAUGCGCUGGCCGAGUCGAUGCUCGAUGCCUUCCCCCGCUUCUUUCCCGGUGCGUCACUGCAAGAGUGGCAUCUGAUGCCUCUCUUUGACGCGUACUGCCAAAGCGGGCGAUUCGGCGAUGCGAUGGCCGUUUUGCAGCGCAUCAAGGCAGCCGAUAUUCCCCUGAGCUCACGGAGCCUUGCGCGUCUUGCACGGGACGCGGGCGCCUCGACAGAAACGCUUUCACAGGCCGUGGACGCCGCGCUAUCGAUGCGCGAGGCGCCCAUCGAGGCGGUGAAUGCGCUGCUGUAUGCCGCGGCCGACCGUGGCGAGAUGCCUGCGGCCGACCAGCUCUGGCAGAGCCUGUCCUCUCCCAAUCUUGAUACCCAUGAAGCCUACCUCCUUGCGUGCCUCACGAGCCAGCACCUGGCGCACGGCGAGGCGGCGUGGCGCAGCCUGUCCACGCACGCAAUCCAGCCGACGUCGACGACGUACGAAAAAAUGGCGCGCCUCUACCUGACGCAGCCCGAUUACGACGAGGCCUUUACGCUCCUGGAAGAGGCCAAGCAACGUCAUGUGGAACCUACGCGGCGGAUGUAUACUGCGAUGAUUUAUACGUGUCUAAAGCAUGACGAUGCGCGGUGGCGUGCGUUGAGUCUCGAGCUAAAAGAGGCCGGACACGACCCUGGCGCCCGGCUGCGCGAGGUAAUGCAAAGCAAGUAA